AUGAACAACCAGAUCGCCGAGCUCCGCAGCCUCACAGACGAACUCACCAAGGCCUCGGAAACCGCCCCGUCCACCGCCGACGUCCUCCAGACGCAGAGCAACGCGCUCCGCCGCAUGCGCCAGCUGCUCAUAGACUCGAACGACCAGACGCACACCAAAGACGCCUUCCGCCAUGUGCAGGGCUUCGAGGUGCUGCUGCUGACCCUCCGCUCCCUCUCCGGCUUCUACAAGCCCGCCCAGCUGUCGGCGCCCGACCGCAUCGAUUUCUUCGAGGUGAUCAAGGCCACGCUCGACGUGCUCUCUGAUGCGCUGAACGAGCACGCGGGUAACCGCCGCUUCUUCGCCAAGCGAGUCGAAGACGGCGGCUGGAGUGCGUUGGAGCAGGCCCUGGGCAGCACAGGCAUCUUUGGCGGCCAGUCCGAGAGCAAACGGGAUGACGCGGGGCAGGAGCAGCUGUUCGGGUGCCUGUUCGCCUUUGCACUGGGCGAGGAGGCAGUCACACGCAUAUUCCGAGACAUUGACAAGAAGAUUGAGGAGGCCCAAGCAAAGCAGGAAGAAGAUCCUGCAGCAGACGCUUCCACAGAACCACAGCCGACUGAGAUUGUCGUGUCCAGCCCGCGGUCGGUAUACAGCGACGGCGAGAUAGACCUCGAGCCCCUGCGCAGCCAGAUACGGACCAUCUUCAGCGGCACCGAAGUUCUGCAAAACUCCGACAUCAUUCCAACCAUACUACACUUCUGGCAAGGACUGUCGGGGGAGGAUGCUCCGGGCACCAAGUCGAAGCCGCUCUCAAUAUCUGUGCUAUUAGCCAUACUUGAGAUUACUAAGCUCUCCGCAUACAACAAGGCAGCGCUGCAUGUCACUGGCGUGCUCAGCAUCAUAUUGCCGCUCCUGUUUGACAACAAGUGUGCGCCCACGGAAGCUGGCCUACUCCUGGAACUGGCAAACACUCUAAUCGAAUUUGGCAUCAACAAGCUCGACGAUGCCUACUACCUCUUCCGCAAAGCAGCCACCUCGGACCAGGCGGCAGACUACCUACUCCGCGGCAUGCAAUCAUCACGAAGCCCGCCGUUUGUGCAGUUUGAUCUCUCCCUGCACGGCUUCAGUGCCAUUGAGCUCCCAGAUAUUGGGCGUCCGUUUCCACCAGUUUCACCCGGUAGUGGCUAUACAUUCGCUACUUGGAUGCGUGUGGACAAGUUUGACACCAACUGCCACACCACACUCUUUGGUGCCUACGACGAUACCCAGACCUGCUUCUUGAUGGCCUAUCUCGAAAAAGACACCCGCUGUUUUAUCCUACAGACGUACAUGGGCCAUGCAUCUGGCGUCGUCCCAAGUGUAAGGUUCAAAAAGGCUCCCCGCUUCCAAGAGGGUAGGUGGUAUCACAUUGCAAUUGUCCAUCGACGAGCAAAGGCCAUCGGCAUGGGUUCGGCGAAAGCCUCCCUGUUUAUCGAUGGGAGGAAUGUGCUUGCCUCGAAGCUCUCUGUAGCGUCAUUCCAUCUCUUCUCCGAGUCAUUGUCUGACGAGCUGAUUGCUGUCUACCACAAAUUAGGUCCACGGUACUGCGGUAACUUUCAAGACAGACUUGGUUCGUUCCAGACCUAUCGCACAUCAGCUGAACUCCACGUGUACAAUGAGAUAUUGCACCCAGGCAGAGAGGAGCGCUCCGAGAUUGUUGCGGCGAUUCGCUCAAACGCAAGUCAGCUCAUGCCAGAGUCAAAGAUACUGCUCAGCUUCUCACCAAGCUCCGUCAUGGACGAUGACGAUAGGAAUGCCAUUGACGAGUCUCAACUGAUCAAGUCGCUGUCAAGGGAAUCUGCAAAGACACUGCACAGGUACACCAGGGCGCACAGCACCCCUCUCAUUAUCAAUGCUGCAGUACCGUCCGUCAACGAUGCGCUCUCUCAAGCUCGCGGAUUUGGUCGAUUAUCUGGUGACCCAGUAGUCGUGGUUCCUCAAUCACUCGACGACGCCAUAUGGCGCAUUGGUGGGUGUGUCGCAGUAGGUCUGAAGCUUGUGCAAGCUGCUGAAUCCUUGGACGCCACGCUGCGUGCAGUCAAGAUCCUUCUUGAGGCAGUUGGUGGCAACUGGCGAAAUUGCGAGGCGAUGGAGCAACGCAACGGCUUUGCCGUUCUGGCCGAAGUCUUGCGGCAGAAAAUUGGGUUCGCCUUGGGUGGACUAGUCAUGCGGAAUCCGUCCUCACUUGACGUGACGUCCGAAGAGUGCGAGAUCUUCAUCAAGCAUCUUCUAUGUGAGAUUCUACAAUUCGUUGGCUACGACGAGAAGGAACCGACUGAGUCACUAAUCAUCAAUCCGCUUGCAUAUCGGGUUCUCCUUGUGGAUCUUGAGAUCUGGCGUAGAGCGACAUCUUUGGACACUCAAAAACUCUACUACGCUCAAUUUGUACAUUUUGCCAAGGGUAGCAAGCACCAUCAUUACAAUGCAAAGCGCUUCCAGAGAAUACGCGUGGUAAAGCGACUGACAGACGUACUCAAGGGCGAGAGCUUCGCGCCAGAAACGUUCAAACUGUUCUUGGAUGCCUUCAAAGCUCUCCUGCAAAUCAACUUUAACGGAGAGAAUGCCCGGUCGCUAUCGCUCUUCGUCACGUAUUCUUUGCACGACAGCCGCGCAUCCUAUGUCAAGCAGCGAUCGCUUCGACCCAAAGGCAGUAUUCUGCGCUUGAGACGUGGAACACCACCCACUUUGACUCCUGGAGCUACACCACGAUCGUCUAGUCCUGCUCAGAGUGUUUCCGACGCUGCUGGCCUUCCACUUGCUGAUCUUGGCAUUGCGAUCCUUCGCCUCCUCACGGAGCUUCUUUGUGAUCCUCAGAAUCCCAACGAGGUCAUACGCUUUGCGAAAAAUGUGACGGGAAAAUGGCUCCUGUAUUUGCUUGCGGAACCUGACCAGAGAGUGGUCGUUUUGGGAGCCACAAUCCUCGCUCGCGUCCUCGUGGUCAAUGGUUCAUCAUACGUCAAAAAAUUUGCCGACAAGACAGGCGGCUUCGUUUUGAUGAAGAAUCGACUUCGCCACUGGUGGAACACGCCUGCUAUCUGGACCAUAUGCUUUGCCAUUCUGUUCGACCGCGACGUCGCAACUAUUGAUUUUGAGAGAGACUUUGAUGUCUUCAAUCUCGUUGACAUUUUCAUCAUGCGUUCACCCCAAGCAAGACUCAAGAUAUGCUACCCCGAAAUCUUCUCCGUCAUCUCCGCCAUGCUGGACACGGGUCUUCGCGCGAUUGUCCGCGACCGAGAAACGCGACGGACGGAGACAGAGGCCUCCAAGCAAGAGAAUGGAGAGGCUACCGUGACACGAGGGCGACGAAGAACAAUGUCUCUCAAUGCGAAACAGCCGACAGUUGACUUGAAAGCACCACAGUCAGAGCGCCUGAACGACUUUGCAAUCGUACUCAAUUCGGCAAUACAAUUUCUCUCGGAGCUUCACUCACGGUCUGAAGCCUUCAGAGACUAUGCAAACAUGUCAAACUACGUACAAGAGCUCCUCUUCGUCCUCUACCCAGUCAUUGUUACAUCCGACAGCGUAAGCGCAGAGACCGAACUGCUCUCCAGAGGCUCCGCCUUGACAUUCGAAGGCCAAGACGUCGUCAUUCAACCACAUGUGGGUGGCACUGGCCAAGAAGGACCCGUCGUGCGAACGAGUACCCUCGAUGCCUCACCAGCGCGCUCUGCGCAGCGUGUGAUGCCUUUCCGGAGAGCAUCCUCAUUCGUGCUCGUAUCUGCAGAGAAGGCAAGGAAAGCAGCCAAAGAGCCAGCUCUCAACCCGAUAAUGUCUCCACGUAAUACAGCUCCCACAGCACUGAAGGUCGGCUCUUCUGUUGUAGAGGCGAUGCUUGAGGUCGUAUUGGAGGUUUUCAAGGACCAGAUCUUUACCCGAAAAGACUUUCCCGGUCUUGGGCUUUUUAUGAAGACACCACCAGGUUUUCAGGAACACCAGGCAUACUUCGAGUCGUACAUCCUCCGACAGACGCUUUCGUCGGUUAGAAAUGCGCUACAGCUUGACCAGAACCUGCUACAUGAACCAAGAGUUCUCACAAAUCUCUCACGAUUCGUAGGCCACUUGUCCGAGGCGGUCUUCGAAGGCUGGUUCUUGGAUGGCGCAGAAGCACUUCUUGACUUCAAUGGCUUUCUUCUCGAAUAUCUGGAACGACCUGACAUUGCUACGAUGAAGUCAGUCAGAUUAUGUGCGCAGGCUAUUCAGGCCAUCCGAGGCCUAUUCCUCAAGGUUGCAUUACUUCAGCUUGCAGAGCCUGAGGAUGCUGACAAUGGGUUCAACAGCAGCGCCGUUCUCGAGAAGAUGGUUUAUUGGCAGCCAAUCAUCCUGUCAUCUGCAAACAACGAGUCUUUCUCAUUGAAGAUGAUUUGCUAUCUCUUGUAUACGAAGUUAGCAUCCGAUCACGAGCAAGUACGAUUAGCUGCUGCGAACUUCUGGCGACUUCUCAUGGUGCAGAAGCCUCAUGAGACGACGACAAUCCUCGCAAAUGCCUUGCAGCCCAACAAGAAAGAUCUGUUCGAAGGCUUCCAGAAACUCAUUGAGCUCGACAACGAAACCUUCUUACAGUGGUUCGACAAGAAUAAAGCAGACCUGGACAGUUUCUUCUACGGCUCUAUGUCCAGAACCUGGGAAGAAUUUGCCAACGAUCAAAACAAACGUACCGAAGACACUUCUCAAAAGCGUAUUUCCAAGCGCAAAGAGAAGUUGAAGCAAUGGCAGUCUGAAGAGCUCAUAUCAGACAACGUGUGGACGCAACACGAGACAUCAACGAGCCACUGGCGGUCCAACAUUCACGCAGCAGAGCGAAUCAAGCACCAGCGAGUUCUUCAAGAUCAGCAGGAUAAUGCGACCUACAUGAUGACGAUCCUAGCAAAGCUCGAUCACCAGCUCAAAGGACCAUGCGCACUGUUUGAAGACAGUCCGCCGGCGAAAUGGCGCCUAGACGAGACCGAAGGCCGAGAUCGCAGGCGUAUGCGCAUCAUUGCCGAUACCACCAGUCGCGAGCAGGUGUACCAACCUAAGCGCAAAGACACUGAUCCCAGAGAUAGGCUCAGGCUAGACACUGGCGUUCCCACAAUCUCCGCGAAAGAGGCUGUGGGUGUCACCCCCACUGUUGGUCCACGCGGAAGAUCGUCAUCUGCAUUGAGCGGUCAAGAUGGCGCCGAAGAGGGCAAUUCUGGUAGUGAGGACGACUUUGAGAUGGUAGAAGCCAUGUUUGAGGACGAAGAUGGCUUUGAAGACAAGAAUCUGCAAGGUCAUGAGGAGUCUAAACCGUGGCGACCAGGUGCAAUACAAGGUCUUCUCAUCGUGGGCAAAGAGUGUCUCUAUCUCCUAGAUGACUUCUUCCAACGAUCUGACGGGGAGAUUGUGCGCGUAUGGCAAGCACCGCCAGACGAGCGCGAUCCUUAUGUACAGGUCAUCGCUGGCAAGGAAGCAAUCACGAACCGUCGGCCGCCUCCAAGAAACCAGGAAGACUCGGUGCGGCAUUGGAAGUGGAGCGAAGUCAUCAGCAUAUCGAAGCGUCGAUUCCUGCACCGUGACGUCGCAAUGGAAGCAUUCUUCGACGACGGACGCAGCUAUCUCCUGACAGCGAUGUCUACACAGGCCCGCAACGACUUGCACUCGCGAGUGUUGCAGCGCGCUUCACAUGUGGUCAACCCGGAGAAGCUUACGAAUUCGGAGAUCUCAUGGCGACUCGACUCACUUCACAAUCCCGAAGAAGCCCCACAGACGCUAGGUUCACGAUUUGCCUCCGCUUUUGGCUCUGCAUCAUCGCAUCCUGCGACGAAAAAGUGGCUAAAAGGAGAGAUGUCAAACUUCCACUAUCUGAUGUUUGUGAAUACGCUCGCUGGAAGAACUUUCAACGACCUCACCCAGUAUCCCGUCUUCCCUUGGGUCAUCUCCAACUACGAGAGUGAGGAGCUCGACUUGACAGAUCCAGUGAACUUCCGUGACCUCAGAAAGCCCAUUGGUAUCCAAGAUCCCAGACAAGAGCGUUCAAUCAGGGAGAGAUUCAGCUCGUUUGCAGAGAUGGGUGAGACUGAUAAGGCGUUCCACUACGGGACGCAUUACUCUUCGGCUAUGACUGUUGCAUCGUAUCUCAUGAGACUGCAGCCUUUCAGCGCGGCGUUCUUCCUUAUUCAAGGUGGCACUUGGGAUCACCCGGACCGCAUGUUCUAUUCCAUCAAGGGCGCAUGGGACUCUGUCUCCGCCAAGAACAUGGCCGAUGUACGAGAGCUCACUCCCGAGUUCUUCUUCCUGCCCGACUUCCUCACUAACGUCAACGACUACGACUUCGGGUUGCGCUCCGACGGCUCUCGGAUGGACGAUGUCUCACUUCCACCCUGGGCCCACGGCGAUCCAGCAAUUUUCAUCGCCAAGCAGCGCGAGGCCCUCGAGAGCCCAUAUGUCACCCAAAACCUUCACCACUGGAUCGACCUAAUCUUCGGCUUCAAGCAGCGCGGCGAAGCCGCCGUCGACGCCGCCAACGUCUUUCACUUCAUGACUUACCAAGGCGCCAUGGACCUCGACUCCAUCACUGACGGCGAAGAGCGCGCGCAGAAAAUUAGCAUCAUCAACAACUUCGGCCAAACACCCACACAGGUCUUUCAGCGACCGCACCCCAAGAAAGAAAACCUCGCAAAACCCGCGAAAUUAGAUACCGCGGCAGAGAGCCUGCAUCGUGUGCCUGGCACGCUGCUCGAUGCGCAUGAUAGGAUUAACUCGCUGAAUUACAUCGCGCGUACGGAAAAACUUCUGUGUUCGGCGCCAUUCAGACACAACAUUCCGCCGCACUACGAUCGAUACAUGGAAUGGGGCUUUACGGAUGGUAGUGUGCGCUUCUACGACUCGCACUCCAAGCGCCUCAUCGGACUCUUUGAACACCUGCACUCUGGACAGCUGACUACGAGCUUGUUCAUCGACGGCCGCACGCUCAUAACGGCGGGCACGGAUUGUACGCUCGCGAUCUGGAACGUCAGUAAGAACGGUGGAGGUGUGGAGUUGCAAAAUGCUACGACACUGUUUGGACACAAAUCCCCCGUCGUCACACUUGCCGCGUCUCGCGCGUUCUCGGCGUUUCUAUCUGCGUCGCUCGACGGCCGAAUCUUCCUCUGGGAUUUGAAUCGCAGCGAAUUCGUGCGCGAGAUUCAUCUUGGGCCACGACAUACCGUCUCUAUCCAAGCGGCGCGAAUCAACAGCGUCACGGGACACGUGGUCAUGGCGUGCGGGCGGCGGCUGGUGGUGUGCACGCUCAAUGGCGCGGUACUUCUCGACGAAGAUGUUUGUGACAGCGAGGACGAUGCCGAAGGCAUCAGUGCGCUCGCCGUGUACGAAGGCAGUGGGAAUGAGUGGGUCGAGCGCGAAUUGAUAUUCACGGGACACAGACGGGGGAUUGUCAAGAUCUUCAACUUGCUCCCCGCGCCCGCGCAAGACGGGAAAUCCAAGUGGAGCAUCGAGCUCGUCAAUGUGCUCAAUCACACAGACCAGAUGAGUGGGAAUGGCGCUGCGGCGGGUGCGAUUACGUGCAUCUUGCCGCUGCCUGGAAAUGUGUAUACGGGGGAUGAGGAGGGCAGAGUGGUACGUAUUGAGAUCUCUCUAGUUUCUAGCGAGUGA